CCGCCUCCCGCACCCGCCAAACUUGAUGUGACCCCGGUCCGACGCGGCGGCCGCCCCUCUCGCCGCCCCGCGGGCCCCACCGCCACGCGCCCCGCACCCCCGGAGCGCACCGCUCCCCGCGCCCCUUCCCAGCUCCUCGCCCUCCGCGUUCCCUCCCCUGCCACAGCCCCCGCACCAUGAGCAACCUGAAGCCGGACGGCGAGCACAGCACCAGCACGAGCGCGGGCUCCGGCACGGGCUCCGGCGGCGCCCUGGAGGAGGAGGUCCGGACGCUGUUCGUCAGCGGCCUCCCUGUGGACAUUAAACCCAGAGAACUCUACCUGCUCUUCCGGCCAUUCAAGGGCUAUGAAGGGUCCCUGAUCAAGCUCACCGCAAGACAGCCUGUUGGUUUUGUGAUCUUUGACAGCCGGGCAGGAGCAGAAGUGGCCAAGAAUGCAUUGAAUGGUAUUCGCUUUGAUCCUGAGAACCCGCAGACCCUGAGGCUAGAGUUUGCCAAAGCCAACACCAAGAUGGCCAAGAGCAAGCUAAUGGCAACACCAAAUCCCAGCAACGUGCACCCCGCCCUAGGAGCACACUUCAUCGCACGGGACCCCUAUGACCUGAUGGGGGCUGCUCUGAUCCCUGCGUCCCCAGAAGCCUGGGCCCCCUACCCUCUGUACACCACAGAACUGACCCCAGCCAUCUCCCACGCUGCAUUCACCUACCCAGCUGCCACUGCUGCCGCCGCUCUCCAUGCUCAGGUGCGCUGGUACCCCUCCUCUGAUACCACCCAGCAAGGAUGGAAGUAUCGUCAGUUCUGUUAGUUCUUCAGUCUUGUCACCGGGGAGUUGGUUCUGGAAUCUGGAUGCUGGUGCCUGAAUGGCGCCCUGAGCUUCCACUGCCCCCAGGCAGCCUGUGCAGAGCUGUUGCUGCCCUCCAGAGACUGUGAAUCUGAAGCCUGACUCAGUGGACUGCUUCCUAUUUCCCUUCCCUCCUCUUCCUCACCCCUGUUCUGCACCCCAAUGCCUUUCCCCAAGGCUUCCCAGGAGGAUUGGGGGACCUUCCUGCUGGGGCACCCAGAUCCAGCCCGGAGGCCUCGCCGGGACCCACAAGGCCUGACCUCCCGCCCAAACUUGCUUCUGUGGCUCCAGCUCAAGGAAACAAAGCAUUUAAUUUUGCAUGUUUUCUGGCAUGAAUUAAGACACUUAAACUUGUGUAUAUGUGAGUGUACAGUUUGUUCUCCCACUGUGUCACCAUAGCAACAGGUCCUGGCCAUCAGUGGUUCAUCAUGCCUGGUCCCUCUCCACCCACCCCUGCACCCACCGCUUCAGGGAGGCCUGAGCCCUGUGGCUGGUCCUGCCCUGAGGGCCUGGCGCCCCUGCCACCCCCACACACUUCCAGGCUCCGCCUCCGCCCAGCAAAUGUUUGCUUUCUCAUUUCAAAUCAGGGUCCUCUGCUUCCUCCUCAGAUGGGCCAAUGAUCCCAAGAAAACCCUUUCUCUGCCCACCUUGCUUCCCUCUCCGUUGUGUGCCCCACCCGCCGAUGCUCCUUGUUCUCUGCAAACCUCGAAACCAACCAAAACCAUGAGAAGUAUUUUUGUACCCUGUGUAACAAAAUAUUUAUGCAUCAUAAAGGAUUUUUCAUGUGUGUACCAUUAAUUAUUAAAGAGACCUCGUUCGCCCUGUCAGAUGAGUUUAAUGUUUAGUUUGAGGCAUGAAGAAGAAAAGGGUUUCCAUUCUUCAGCAAAAGGCUUUGUGUCAGGCAUUAGGUUAAGAAAAAUGAAAUGAAGGAAAAAUUGUGCAAUUUUAUUUUGUUUUUGUGAGCAUGUCAGUGCUUUACCUUUAGCUGCAGCUGUGACUGUCUUGCCAUUUCAGACUUGGGAGACUCGGUGGCUGUUGUAAUUGCUGAUCCUGUGAGAAUGUGAAACUGGAUAAUAUAUGAAAUGCAAAAUAAAAAAGUCAAAAUGA